CCUGCGCUCUAUCAGACAGACAGACAGGGUUAAUUUGCACUAGUUUUCUUUCUCUGUCCUGUCCGUUCCCUCUCUCUCUCUAUCUAUCUGACAACAAAACCUGAUUGGGAUAUCUCUGAUCCUUUGCGCUCUCCCUUCUCAAGAUCGCCUGUGGCUCAACACAUAAGGGCCCUCCCCGCCAUGUCGUUUUUGUUUCAAUUUCGCAAGGCCAACGAGAAUUAGCCAUUUUUCACGCUCCCCUUGCAAUUCCGAGCCUCGAUUGAUUGAUUCUUCAGCUCCGGAGCGGUCCCUUAUUACCCAGGUUCUAAUGGGGGAUGAGACACCAAAUACGAUGAAUCUGGACUUGAAUUUAGGCUCUUUCCCCUCGCCCGACAAUGAGCCAUCAUCAGAUUCAUUAUCUGUGAAUUUGGAAGAUUGGAUUGUCGGGCGUGCCAAUCACUCAAGAGAAGCUGACAGGCGUAGAGCUAGGCUUCACUGGCGAUCUGUCUGGAGACAAGUUCCUCUACCAACUCCACAGGAGGAGACUGGCAAUAUGGCCCUUGAGCUAUUGGAAACCGGGGAAGGAAGUGUCCCUGCAGAUGAAAGGAUAAAGAAGUGCGACAACAAUCCAAUCCAUUUCAAUGAGGAAGAGUUUUCGAAAAAGGAAGAUGACCACCAAAAGGCAAACCGCGAUGAAGGUUCUUUCUUCGACUGCAACAUUUGCUUGGAUAUAUCGAAGAACCCUGUUGUGACUUGUUGCGGCCAUCUCUUUUGCUGGACAUGUCUUUACCGUUGGCUUCAUAUUCACUCGGAUGCUAAGGAAUGUCCAGUUUGCAAAGGCGAGGUCACAACAAAGACAAUUACACCCAUAUAUGGUCGUAGCAGCAGCAAUAGUAAUAGUAGUCGUGAGCUUGAAGAGGACUUAUCUCUCAAGAUACCUUCGAGACCUCAAGCCCAUAGGGUUGAGAGCUGGAGGCAAACUAUUCAGAGAAACGCUUAUCCAUUUCCUGUUGAGGAAAUGAUUAGGCGAUUGGGUAAUAGAUUCGACUUGACCCGAGAUCUGGUUCAAGCUCAUCCACAGGAGAUGGACGGCCCAGAUUCGCCGGAGAGGAAUAACUUUCUGCUUAAUAGGCUUCUGAGUUCUAGAGGAUUACGUAGAGAACAGAAUCUCUCAGUUAAUCCAGAUGAGGUUGUGGAUUUAACAGAAAGCAGUAGCCCUUCCAAUUCUGAAAUAGGUGAUAAUAGUAGAAGACUUUCAUCUCUCCUGCUGAGAAGGCCUCAUGCUCAUAGAGCGGGUACUGUUUGGAGUGUGCCUUCUGUAUUCACUUCUUCUGAACGGAGGUUAGUUCAACCGCUCUUUCGACAUCAUACUAUAGAGAGGAAUCAAGAUCAGCAACAGCAGCAGCCACCACUAUCUACUGAAGAUAGAGACUCGGUUUCGAGCAUAGCUGCAGUUAUACAAUCGGAGAGCCAUACAUUUGAUAAUGCAAUGGAGAUUGAUUCUGCUGUCUCGUUUUCCACAUCAUCGUCCAGAAGAAGGUACGAUGGUGCUAGGGUUUCGACUGAAAUUGAUAGUGGAGACUCCAGGCCACCAAGGAGGAGAAGAAUCAACUGAACUUCAUAGAACUCCAAAAAGGAGUAAAGACAGAGCACCAAUGGAAAGCUGGGUCUUCUGAUGACCAUUGGGCUUCAAGCAGAUUAUAUGAUCAUACCAGCAACAAUAGCAGAACUGUCUUAAAUCCAUGUAUGUCUUUUCUUAGUAAAAGAAAAAAACGAUUAUGUGUAUGCCUUUCAAGAUCUUAGUCAGGUUUACUCCCCUAUAAAGUUUGAGCAGUGUUUAAAGUCUUUGAUUAAUAAACUUAAAUCAAAUUUAAUUGUCA